UCUCAGAAGUUUUGGCCCACCUUUUAGACAUGGUUUUCUACAGUGAUGAAAAAGAGAGAGUUAUUCCACUUCUUGUAAAUAUAAUGCACUAUGUUGUGCCUUACCUUCGCAAUCACAGUGCCCAUAAUGCGCCAAGUUAUCGAGCCUGUGUGCAGCUAUUAAGCAGCCUCAGUGGGUAUCAGUACACAAGGAGAGCAUGGAAAAAAGAAGCCUUUGACCUCUUUAUGGACCCCACCUUCUUUCAAAUGGAUGCUUCCUGUGUUAACCAUUGGCGAGCAAUUAUGGAUAAUUUGAUGACACAUGACAAAACCACAUUUAGAGAUUUGAUGACACGCGUGGCUGUAGCUCAGAGCAGUUCCCUCAAUCUGUUUGCUAAUCGGGAUGUUGAGUUGGAGCAGCGGGCGAUGCUUCUCAAGAGGCUGGCUUUCGCUAUUUUUAGUAGUGAAGUGGACCAAUACCAGAAAUACCUUCCGGACAUACAAG